UUUCGAAAAUUAGUGAGGACGUGAGUGUUUUUUCAGCUUUUAAGGAUUCAUCAUUUUUAAGGAUGCAGGAAGAACGAGAUUCUUCAAAUAACAAAAAACCCCUGGAGCAGAAGGAUUACAACCACAUCCAAGGAAAACUAAUCGCCAAUCCUCCGCCUGGUGAAGAAGUAGUUAUUUCAGGCCUGGCAGGAACUUUCCCAAAUUCCAACGAUGUAUACCAUUUCCAAUACAACUUGUUCAACAAAAUCAACAUGGUAUUGCCCAACAGACGCUGGGACUAUUCCCAUCCAGAAAUACCAAGAUGUUCCGGAACCCUACCGGAAUGUUCCAAGUAUGACGCUGGUUUCUUUGGCGUACAUUCUAGCCAAGCCGAAGCUCAAGAUACGAUGGGAAGAAUUCUUUUAGAAAAAGUUGUGGAAGCCAUCUUUGACGCUGGUCUAACUCUGGCCGAUUUCGAGGGGACCAACACUGGUGUUUACGUCGGUACUUGCUUCAGUGAAAGCGAGAAGUCCAUUUUUCACGAUAACAUCGGACCUAAACCUAAAUACGGAUUUACUGGAUGUACGAGAUCCUCCAUGGCUCACAGGAUCAGCUAUUUCCUAAGACUAAAAGGACCUGCUUACAUAGCCGAUACUGCCUGCAGUAGUUCGCUCUUUGCUUUAGAGGGCGCUUUCAGAGAUUUGAGGUUAGGUGUGGUGGAUACGGCCAUUGUAUGCGGAGCUAAUGUCUGCUUUCAUCCAUUUGUCUCUUUACAGUUUGCCAGAUUAGGUGUCUUAAGUUUGGACGGUUCCUGUAAAGUCUUCGACAAAUCUGGUAAUGGCUACGCCAGAUCAGAAGCUAUAGGUGCUAUUAUUUUACAGAAAGCCAACGUGGCUAAAAGAAAAUAUUCGGACGUUGUCUACGUUAAAACCAACUGUGAUGGUUUUAAGGAAGCUGGAAUAACAUAUCCAUCUGGGGAAGCUCAGUGUCAACUCCUGACAGAGUUUUAUAAGGAUUCAGGGGUUGAUCCUGCAUCUUUAAGUUUUCUGGAAGCUCAUGGAACAGGUACAUUUGUCGGUGACCCAGAAGAAUGUUCUGGAGUAGAUGAAGUUUUAGCUAAAUGCAGGACGGAACCUUUGCUUAUAGGUUCUGUGAAAUCUAAUAUAGGUCACUCUGAACCCGCAUCUGGAAUUUGCUCUAUCACCAAGUGUAUCAUUGGCAUGGAGACUGGAUACAUUCCACCAAAUAUUCAUUUCACCGAACCUAGAGAUACCAUCCAUGGAAUUAUAGAAGGCAGAAUGAAGGUGGUUACGGAAAAAAUGCCAUUCCAAGACAAAAGAGGACUUAUAGGAAUUAAUAGUUUUGGAUUCGGUGGUGGCAACUGCCACGUUUUGUUAAAUUCUAACAAGAAAGAAAAAGUUAACAAUGGCCUCCCAGAUGACAAUAUACCAAGAGUUAUAUGCAUUAGUGGUAGAAUUGAGGAAUCCAUUACUGCUCUUUUAGAUGAAGUAAAGAAUAAUGGAUUGGACGCUGAAUAUAUUAGGUUGCUGCAUGAUGUUUUCAGGAAAAAUAUUUCAAACCACAUUUACAGAGGCUUUUCCAUAUUAACGAAAACGGAAGAAAUAUGUAGAUUUUAUAAUCUGUUCUCUGGAAGUAAGACCCCACUGUAUUUUGCAUUUGGGGAACUGAGUGAAUGGUAUAAACUAGGAAAAGAUCUAAUGGAGAUAUCAGUUUUUUCCGCCACUAUUCAAAAGGCACAAAGACUUCUUUUAUCGAAAGGGAUAAAUAUAAUAGAUAGCAUUUUCGGAAAAACAGAAUCAAAAACAAAAUACCAAGCCUUAGGAUCCAUCUUAGUUCAGAUAGGUUUAAUAGACAUCUUCGUAGCCUUGGAAUUACAACCAACCAAUUAUUUUGGCAAAUCCUUUGGUGAAAUUCUUGCAGCAUACUUUGAUGGCAUUUUAACUUUUAAACAGACUAUAGAUUGUGCGUUCGCCAUCAACGACGCCAUUGAUAAAAUUAACGAAGGUGCCGAAAAACAUCGGGCGAAUAAUAAGAUAAUUGACAACAAAGCUGAAAGUACUGUGUUUUCUAACUUCAGAGCUGUCUUUAAAUCAGCGGACUAUGCUACGACCAAAAAAGAACUGCUUACCAACCUUUCAAAUAUAUUGGAUAAGCCAAAAAGUCACAACAUCGAUAAAGACAAAGAGAAAUUUGGAUCGGCUGAAUACUUCGUCAACGCUUUGACAGAAAAUUUCCCCGCCAAAUUCGAAUAUGUCGAAAGCAACUCGAUAGUGCUCAGUUUCGGUGCUGUACCGACCAUUGACUUGCAGCUAGACGAUGUUAAAGUCAUACAAAUCGGCUCUUCUAAAGAUAAUUUGCUGUCCUUCCUAAAAAUUCUAGGAAAUCUAUACGUCAACGGCUACAAUCCGCAACUGGCCAAGCUGUAUCCUGAGGUGAAAUUUCCUGUUAGCAGAGGUACUAGAAUGAUUUCGCCUUUCAUAAAAUGGAACCACGAUCGUGAUUGGUUUACGCCUUCGUACAAUUUACAAGCAACCACUUCUGCACAACAUACCGCUAGGAAAAUUAAAAUUCAAAUAAGCGAUCAGCAGUGGGCCUUCACACAAGGUCACGUCAUUGAUGGUAGAAACCUCUUCCCAGCAACGGGCUAUCUGUACCUAGUAUGGGAAACCUUAUCCAUCAUAGAAGAAAUACCGAUGACUAUCAAACACGUAGUUUUCGAAGAUUGUAAAUUUUUACGAGCCACCACGCUCUCCAAGAAAGGCCAUUUAGUAUUUUAUAUCAUUAUCAAUAGGUAUUCUGGUCACUUUGAAAUAGUUGAAGGAGACUCGCUCGUAGUAUCUGGCAAAGUGUUUUCCAGAGAUAAUGACGAUGCACCAAAGUGUAAUGUUGCAGAAACUUUGAAUGAAAAAUUAGAAAUGAAUUCGAAGGAUGUGUAUAAAGAACUGAGAUUAAGAGGAUAUAACUAUUCUGGAGGAUUCAGAAGCAUUCAAAAAUGUAAUACAAAAGGUACUCAAGGUUUGAUCAAAUGGGAUGAUAACUGGAUAACAUUUAUGGACAACAUGUUGCAACUUAGAAUUCUUCAAACCGAUACAAGAUUACUAUACGUACCGACAUAUAUAUCUCAGUUAGUUCUACCUGCGAAACAUCAUCUUGAACUGAUAAACUCCAACUACAUUAAAAAGCAAAUAGAGCCAUUGUUGCCUGUGAGCUGCAAUGAAUAUACAGGAGAAAUCAGGUGUGGAAAUCUUGUUAUCCGAGGUCUUAUGGCUAGUUCUAUAGGUAGAAGAAAAGACCUAGGUAUUCCUGUAUUAGAAAGCUACCAGUUCAUUCCAAACAUAACAAAAUUGGAAUUGGAAGAUUCUAUACGAGUCAACAUGCAGAUCUUCCUCGAAAAUGCUUUGGCAAGAAAGGUUAAAGUUAUUGAACUUGUCGACAGUUUUAGUAAAGACGACACCCUCUUAAUACCUUUGAUACAAUCUGCUUUUGAAGAUCAACCGCUUAUAACUCCUAUGUGUAAGAUACUGACCAAAACGCCAAUUGAAACUACUAUACAAAUUGAAGAUAAACCAUUAUCCACCGAAGCUGAUUGUAAUAUUAUUAUUGGUUCUGAACUGUUUAGCAGACCUGAGGUUUUAAAAGUAGCUUUUGGAUCUCUUAAAGACCAUGGUUUCGUUGUAUCUAGAGAACCUCUAAACUUUACUGCUGCUGCCACUACAGACACUGCAGAUUUUAGCACCAUUACUGUCCACACGACUCCAUUAGAAACUUUGGUUCUUCUCAAGAAGAAUACAAAAACCAGAGAACUUACCACAAUACACAUUCCGAGUACGUAUGAUUUUAAAUGGGUUGAAUCGCUAAAAGAUAUUAUCAAACUGAAAAAAUCGGAUAAUGUCCUAGUGUAUUCCCAAAAUGAUCCAAUAACUGGAACAUUGGGACUGGUAAACUGUUUAAGAAGAGAACCAGAAAGUACUUUUGUCAAAGGUCUUAUAGUUUUCGAUCAAGCUGAAGAUUUUGAUAAAGAAAUCCCCUUCUACAAAGAACAACUAAGUAAAAAUAUGGCUAUAAAUAUUUGGAAAAACGGCACGUGGGGUACAUACAGACACUUAUUGUUAAAACAACUCAAAACUAUUGAAAGUGAACAUUGUUACGUGAAUUCGACUCUCAGAGGUGAUUUGUCUAGCUUGAAGUGGAUUGAAAGUACUCUCAGAACUGAUAUGGAAGUACCAAUCGAAAAAGAACUGGUCUACAUUAAUUAUGCCACAAUAAACUUUAGGGAUGUCAUGACUGCUUCAGGAAAAAUCAACGCUGAUGUAAUUACACAAGACAGACUGGAGCAAGAGUGUGUCCAAGGGUUCGAAUUUUCCGGCUACGACCAAACAGGCCAUAGAGUUAUGGGUAUGGUAACAAAAGGUGCUUUGUCAUCGUUGAUAUUGGCAGAUAAAUAUCUAUUGUUUAGAAUUCCAGAUUCUCUGACUUUGGAGGAAGCAGCUACAAUUCCUGUAGUGUAUGGUACAGUCAUCUACGGUAUGAUAAUGAGAGGACGAUUGCAAAGACAUGAGUCUGUUCUGAUUCAUUCUGGGACCGGAGGUGUAGGACAAGCCGCUAUCAGGCUAGCUUUGCAUUAUAAUUGCACAGUUUUUACAACAGUCGGUACCAAGGAAAAGAAAGAAUUUCUACUGAAGACGUUCCCACAAAUCAAAGAAAGUAAUAUUGGCAAUUCGCGUGAUCUCUCUUUCGAAAAAAUGGUUAUAAAAGAAACGCAAGGUAGAGGCGUCGACAUGGUACUAAAUUCCCUUGCAGAUAAAAAACUCAUAGCCUCGGUACGAUGUCUGGCACGAGGUGGAAGAUUUAUAGAAAUCGGAAAAUUCGAUUUAGCCAGCAAUAACGAGUUGAGCUUGCAUCUAUUAAAUAAAGAAGCAAGUUUUCACGGAGUCAUGUUGGACAGUCUAAUAACUUGUACUCCUGAGGUCAAAACCGGAAUUACCACUAUCCUCACUAGCAAUAUCGGUACUUUUGUUCAACCUUUGAAGACUAACGUAUUCGGUUACAACCAAAUCGAAGACGCGUUCAGAUUUAUGUCAACCGGAAAGCACAUUGGCAAGGUGUUAAUUAAAGUUAGAGAUGACGAACAAAAUUCCGCUAAACGUAUUCAAAAGUUUACUGGAAUACCCAGGUACUUCUGCUACCCUAAUAAAACUUACAUCAUCAUAGGUGGCUUAGGAGGUUUCGGUUUAGAACUGACAGACUGGCUCAUACUGAGAGGUGCUCAAAAUCUUGUACUUACAUCCCGAAAAGGUAUCUCAACGGGUUACCAACAAAAGAGAUUUAAGAUAUGGGAAUCAUAUGGAAUAAACAUUCAAAUUUCUAAAGACGACAUUGGAACAGAGAGUGGAUGUAGAAAAUUGUUAGAAGAUGCGAAUCAGAUCGGAGAAGUCCAUGCCAUCUUUAAUUUGGCCGUUGUUUUAGCCGAUGCCGUUUUUGAAAACCAGACGGAUGCUAGCUACAAAACGUCAUUCCUGCCCAAAGCAAUAGCCACAGCACAUUUGGAUAAAUUGUCAAGGAAGUUGUGUCCAAAUUUAAAAGAUUUUGUAAUAUUUUCUUCCGUUACUUGUGGUAGAGGCAACGCUGGUCAAACAAACUAUGGUAUGUCAAACUCAGUGAUGGAAAGGAUAUGCGAAAAAAGAAAAAAGGAAGGGUACCCGGCAUUGGCCAUCCAAUGGGGUGCCAUCGGAGAUGUUGGUCUUGUGGCUGAGCUUCAAGAAGAACACGUGGAACUAGAAAUCGGCGGUACUCUCCAACAAAAAAUAUCCAGCUGCCUUAACGUCCUCAAUAACUUUUUAAGACAGAAAGAAGCCACUAUCGUCUCCAGUAUUGUUGUCGCAGAAAAACGUGGAGGUUUAGACUCAUGUGAUAAUAUUGUUGAUACCGUCAUAAACAUUUUAGGUUUAGUUAAUCCGAAAGCCGUCAGCCAUCAUGCAACUUUACCGGAACUAGGUAUGGAUUCUAUGACUGGAGUAGAAAUUAAGCAAACGUUAGAAAGAGAAUUUGAGAUUUUCCUCACGCCCAAAGACAUGAAAACUAUGACUUUAGCCAAAUUGAAAGACAUGCAAGAACAGAAAUUAUUAUCCAGCGACGAAACAGACCAUUCGAACAGCUAUCAGAUAGUGUUAGAAGAUAUUGGUGAUGAAGAAGAUAUAAAAUUGAUAGAAGUACACCUCAACCCGCAAUUAAAAUCCAACAAUACCUCAAAAAUACUUUUGUUCCCCGGUAUAGAAGGUUUCGCGAAAAAGUUUUCACGGUUAGUCCCUUAUCUGGACGCGCCAGCUAUUAGCUUCCAAUUCUGGGAAAACCCCGAACUCCAAACCAUCCAAGAAAUGGCGCAGUUACUUUUACCGAAAGUUGAAAGGCAUAUUAAACCGAAUGAAAGAUUUAAUAUUGUCCUGUAUUCCAUGGGUAGUUUGAUAGGAUUAGAAAUCGUCCAUUUACUUGAAGCCAAAGGCCAUAUUGGUCAUGUGACCAUUAUUGAUGGAGGCACCGUAUUGAUGAAAAAAUUAGCGCUUAAGUGGAUGCAAGAUUCAGACAGGGUUUUCGAAACUGCUUUAAUUAUUCAUUUGUUAACAAUAUACCUGCCCUCAGAAAAAUUUGCGGAAUAUCAGGAACCUCUACUGAAAGCGAACAGUUGGGAGGACCGUUUAGAGUUGGUUAGAGAAAUGGUUACGAAGAAACUUAACAUAGAAAAACUUGACCUUCAAAAGACCUUAACGAUUGGACUUUACAACAGGGCGAAAGCCAUUAGUUCCUACACCCCGUCAUACGAUAAACUCAAAUCGACGAUAAAGCUGUUCAAACCAUCCGUGAGUUUAAUAAACGACAUCGAAGAAGAUUACGGACUCUCGAAAAUUAGUGAAUCUGAAGUGAAAGUGGAAGUUUUCGAAGGGAAUCACGGUAGUAUUUUGGCCAGUCAACUUGUAGGAGAGGCGAUUAACUCCAUUAAUAGGGAAUUAAGGGUAAAAAAGUAAAUAAUAUGUGUUUGAGAAGUUUUUGUUAAAAGUAUAGAUAUUAAUUUUAUUAUAAUUUUGUACAUAUU